GAUGUGACGAGUGACAAUAUAGUGCAGUGAUUUACCCCAGAUUUGACCAUCGACCCCAGACUCAGGCUCAAAGCGAGACUCUAACCCGGACGUCUACUUUGCCAAAGUCAAUCGUCUGGGAAGAACGACAGAGCUUGUAGUACCGUUCACUCGGGUUGGUCUGCUACCGCCUCCAUCUGCGAGGUUCCCACCAGCCGAAGGGCUUCUUCACUCUCUUUUCAGCUCUUUCGUUCUCACUUCGAUUGUUCAAUUCUUUCCCAAAGAUUUCCUCUAAUCAUAUCCGGAGUCACUGAAUUGUAUCCGCACGUGGACCUAUAUCCUACGAUCCACUGUUUCCUCCCUUAAUUCUUGCCGCUUCCUUUUAAUCCGGGCGGUCUCGUGUCGGGGAGCUUUUGCGCAAAGUCAGCUUUCUCGCUUCUUGUUGAAUGUCCCCGUACUUACUAUGGUCAUGUCGUCCUCACAUCUUUACUCGCAGUACUACAUGACUCCGAGCCGUCAACAGUCAUCCUAUUCUUCGCAACCAAUCACUCUACAUCACCCUCACGAACACGCCAUGUCGCACCAAAUGCAAGCUCCCCCGUCCCCAUCAAUACCGCUAGACCCUUCCCUUGCUUUGUAUUCUCCUCAGUAUUAUUCGUAUCCACAUCCGCAACCCCAUCUACCUCACCAGCAGCUGGCUAUCCCAGUCAGCCUCUCUUCGCCGUCAUCGCAAGGCUCAGAUAGUAUAGGCACUCCUCCGGUGGAAUCUGCCUCGUUCCAUGGCGGUGCGAACGUCAAUGGCAAGCGCCCCGCCUCUUCGUUGGCAAGCGAACGGACAAAUGACAGCCGAAAGAAACCGCGCACAGAGGACAACGGUGAAGUUCCAGGUGAGGUCUCUGGGAAAGCGGAAGAAGCCAAGGCCAAGCCGACGAGAGGUUCAAGAGCUUGCACUGUUUGUCGACGUCUCAAGAUGAAAUGCGUGGGUGCCGAGCAGGGUCCGCCCUGCAAGCGUUGUCAAACAGGCAACCACGAAUGUAUAUUUGAAGAGUCAAAUCGCGGUAAAAGGUCAACCAAAAAACAUGAAAUACUGUCUCGUUCGCUUCGUAAAAUGGAGCGCACGCUUGAGACAGUGUUGCGGUCAAUCGGAACCCAAAGCCUAGCUUCAGCUAUGAUAUCUCGAUCGCCGUCGCCGUCAGCUCAGGCCCAAACUACGCAGGCGUUGCUUGGGUCACCAUCACCUCCGGAAUCACCUGCCCAUGGUUCGCAUGGUGGGCCUUUGAGUUCUCCGAAGCUACAUUCCCUCCCGGACAAUACUCUCAAUCCUCUGGGUCUACUUGCGGAAGCAAGUCUUGCUAACCGAAGAGCACAAGCUGCAUCCAGGUCUGAGUUGGCUUCCACUUCUUCACAGAACCCACAGCAAAAGGUCGGCGUUGCUAGUGCUACCUAUUUCAAGCCCGGGCCCAUGACGAUACUCCCUCUACGGCGACUAUUUAUCGAGCGGCAGAUCCAACCGGAGAUGCUGAGCUUCGUCAGCAAUGAGGAGGUUGUCGCUCUAUUCAAAAUAUACUAUGAGAAUAUGAAUUUCCAUUGCAAUCUCCUGGAUCCAAGUUUCCAUACGCCGUCACUGGUUUGUUCCCGUUCCCCUUUUCUCCUCACUACAAUCUGUUCAAUUGCCUCGAGGUUUUACACAGAACGCCCCGAACUUCACGCGAAGCUGUCGGAGUUGUCCCGAAAACUGGCCUUCAGCGUACCCGCACAAGGGUACAAAUCCGUGGAGAUUGUCCAGGCCUACCUUCUCAAUACACUGUGGGGCUGUGGCCCCGUAGAGCGGUAUGAGCAAGAUCGCACCUGGAUGUUGCUUGGCAUGGCUAUCAGGAUGGCCACGGAUUUGAACCUACAUCGGAGGACUGCCGUCACAAGUCCAGACACGGCGGAAGGCCGCGCGCGUGAUAGAGAAGUCCACAAUCGGGAGAGGACGUGGAUAUUCUGCUUCAUCCUCGACCGAAGUUUCAGCGCACAAAUGGGCAAACCGUACACCAUCAAGGAAGACUACGUUAUCCGAAAUGCUUCCCAGUGGUGUCACUCGCCAGUUUCCGUCCCCUCGGACAUCUCGUUGGCUGCAUAUGCAGAUCUCCAAAGAAUCCUUACUCGAAGCCUGGAUCUCUUGUACUCGGGCACAAACACCGCUUCUGGCCUACAAAUGGAUUCUGAUUAUCUUCUUGUCAUUACGACAAUGGAGACCCAGAUCCUCGCCUGGCAGCACGAAUGGGCGAAUAUCCGGCACGUUGGGAUUGGUGAGCCAUUUAACAUUCAAGCAUCGUUCAUUCCUGAUGCGGUCGUCACAUUAGGCGAGCCUGACCAUGUGCGCAAGUAUCGCGAACUCAGCGGAAAGUUCUACUUCAACUACGCGAUGCUCAUCGUGAAUUCUUUCGGUUUGCAAAAUGCACUUGAGCGAUCGGCGGUUGACAUCGGACAUUUCUUUGCUCGUUGUCAUUCAUCCGCAGUUGCGUGCGCAACUCUCUUCCGUGAUGAAAUUGGCCCUCUGGGAUACCUUCGAUAUGCCCCAGAUUCGAACUUCGUUCAGGCUUCUUACGCCGUCCUGAGUCUUUUGAAGCUCCUUCGUCCAGAAUUCCAAGCCUAUCUCGACCACGAGCCCAGGACGAUUGCUAUCGUCAAAGACGUGGCAGAUACCCUUGAAUCCGUUGCUAUAGGUCCUUUACAUACGCCCGCCCUGUAUAGCGGAUUUCUUCGUGCUCUUCUCUCUGCGAAGACUGAGCCAUCAGACGCUUCUCAGCCUAUGCAGCAUUCCAAUGGAGCUAGCGGGACCAUUCAAACGUCUGCUACCGGUCAUGGUGCCAGCACGUCCACUAUGCUACCCCCUCACACAUCUUUGCCUGAUCCUCUGUCAGAGUUCAACUUCGACAGUGAGAUGGGCCCUGUGGCUGAUAUGUCGACUUUCCCUCCGACCAUGGCCCCACAGCAGUCAGAGGACAUGAGCAUGUUGUCGAUGGACAGUAUCCUCAGUGCGAGCUUCUGGGACAACGUUCUGGUCCCUGGUAAGUCUUAUCCCGCUCUUGUGAUGAUGAGCAAAGAUGCUUAUUCCCAUUGUCAUCUAGGUUACUCAAAUAGUUUGGAAGGCCUCAGCGGUGGCUUCGUCUAUGGUGCUGGAGGCAGUGGUUUGAUCACACCGCGAAUGGGGAUUUCUCCCUAUGCUUCCGGAACCAAUACCCCGAUCCGGGGUGGGAAACCGAAUGGAGAGCUCACCCAACAGAGGAUCGACGUCGCUUUUGAUCCCCAGCAUAAUGGUAUUCCGAUAGCCACCUAGGCGAAGGACAUUCUGCCCUUUGACUGUGUCGAUUUGGUCAGCAAAUGUACAUAUAGCUUUUCUUUACCGUACGUGUGUGGUUUCGGGAUAAUUUGUUUCGAUCUAUAGUAUCGAUGUGUUUGUUUAGCUUGCUGUCCUCGUGUCUUGUAUACCGUAUGUAGUGUACAGUCUGGUAUUGAGUGGGCAGUCUCUCCGGUUAGUUGGAUGUUCCUCUUUGCAAUUUGAUGAUAUUCGAGUCGGAACGUGCUGUCGCGUUGUCGUGUGGUCUGCU